GUUAAGAGUGCUGAAAAGGAAAAACCGUGCGAGGAAUCGAACCCGCGAUCAUCGGAACUAAGGCGAUCCACAAUGUGUUACGCCGGAAAAUGUUGCUACUUUAUGAAGGUAGAGACUGGAUCUAUGAUAUUCGCUGUUAUCAAUAUGAUUAUCAAUUCUAUACUCGCCAUCGGUAUUAUUGCAGCCCUGGUAUGGUAUGAAAUUCAUUAUUAUCAAGCUCUACAUCGCACUGAUUACAAUAUUGUGAACAACGUUUACCAGAAUACACACGAAGCUGCAAGGUUAUACCAGCUGUAUAUUUAUAGAAACAUAAUUUUAGGUGUAAGCCUGAUGUUGAGCUUGAUAUAUUUCGCAUUUUCUGUAUUGUUGCUCAACGGAUUAAUAAAGACAAAAUCCGGGCAAGUGAAGGUCUAUUUCAUAUUUGGUGUCAUCAUAAAUGUGUUGAGCUACGCACUAAUCAUAUAUGAACCGGCUGUAAUAACUGUUUCAGUGUCCUACACCCUGUUGCUCGUGAUGAUUUAUAUGACGUACAACAAAAUGGAGGCUAACAAAUACUGUGGAACGGUAUUAGAUGACUGUUCGGUCCUCGUCUCAGCUUAAAUUACUAUUGUACUAAUUGUUUAUUUUAUGUUAACAGUUCUAUGAUAUAACGUAAGGUUAUUUUCAUAGUCCAAGUGGGAACUCUAACAACAAGAACACGAAAUACGAAAAUAUUUUAUAAUAUUAUAUUGUUAAUUUAUUUCACUGUUAUUUUCACGUGUUAACAUGAUUGGGAAGUGCGGGAUAUACAGCACCCAUAAUUAUCUUAAUACUAUUAUGUAAUAUUAUCUUGUCUAUGAUAUUAUUAAUGAAAAUAUUAAUUGACAAAGAAUAAUUCAAUAUGAUUAGUAUUACGCAAAAUUGUAUAGUUAAUCUUCUUAAAAAAAAUGUCUCAUAGAUGGCUUUAUUAAAGAACCAGUCCAUAUAAAAUUUUAGUCAAGCUUCCGACUCGAGUCACAGAAAGACUAACUUCUAAGCACGUGUAACAUGUUCUUGUUUUUAGCAAAACCUCUAUAUAUAAGUUUACUAUAAUCUAAGAUUUGGUGUUUUGUAGCGAAAACAAUACCCGAUAAGUAUUUUAAAUGUGUUUGCAUAAACAUUAUUAUUUUUAU